CCUUUAAAGAGACGGAGAAACUGGCUGCAAUCUGAGACAAAAGAAAAAAGCUCUCCAAGAUUAGCCAAAAAAGGAAAAAAAAACUGUUGCCGGACGGUUAAAGCUGCUGCUCUGACUUCAGAAUCAGCUCAGGGAUUGAAACGGAAGCUGAAGAAGAUGGGACGGUUCCCGGGAACUCCUCUCAGGUUCCCGUUGUGCUAACACCGGCAGCUGUUGUGUAGCUGUGUGUAGCUGUGUGUUAGCGGCGCCGCGGCGUCAGUGUCGUCGACAUCAUGGCAGCGUCUCUGUUCGCGCUCUGUCUCCUCGGAUGUUUCCUCCAGGCGUUGGGAAAAGGUGAAGUGUUUCCCCCCGGUGGCCAGGACGUGUUCCUGCGCUCCAAACGGGCCAACCAGUUCCUGUUCGAGGAGAUUCUGCAGGGGAACCUGGAGCGCGAGUGUCACGAGGAGCGAUGCAACUUCGAGGAGGCGCGGGAGGUGUUCGAGAACACGGAGCAGACGAUCCAGUUCUGGAGACUUUACUACGACGGGGACCAGUGCGAGCCCAACCCCUGCCUGAACGGGGGGAACUGCUCCGACCGGGUGGGGGGGUUUUCCUGCUCCUGCCGGCCCCCCCACUUCGGGCCCCUGUGUGAGCUGGGAGUCGUGGAGACGGAGACGGAGGACGAACAAAGAUCCUCGGUGGAACCGGAACCCCCGACUCCAGGUGUGUCCGAGUGUCCGACCGACGGCCCGACUGCGUGUCACCAACUCUGCACGGCGUCACAUCGAUCCUUCUCCUGCUCCUGCAUGUCGGGGUUCAGGCUGCAGAGCGAUGGACGGACCUGUUUGCCCGAAGUGAGGUUUCCGUGUGGACGGCUCCCCGACGACACAAACUCCGACUGUCGCCAUGGCAACUGUCCCUGGCAGGUGUCCCUGCUCAACGGCACGGGGGCGGAGCUCUGCGGCGGCGUCGUUCUGGGCCGACGCUCCGUCCUGACGUCGGCCCGCUGCCUCGUCCAGGACUCGGGAUCGGACCCGCAACCCUCCGACUUCUACGUCCUCACCGGCGACGGCCGGCGCGUGGCGGUGGCGGCGCUGUUCCCCCACGAGCGUUUCCGCCCGGAUCGCCAUGACAACGACCUGGCGCUGCUGCGGCUGCUCCGCCCCCUGGCCUUCAGCCCCGCCCUCGUCCACCUGUGCCUGCCGACGCGCGACUUCAGCGAGAACAUCCUGACGCAGGCGGGGCGGGUGGCCGUGGCCUCCGGCGGCGGGGGGCGGGGCUACCUGCCACUGGACGAGUGCCGCCGCCGGCUGGACGUGUCGUACCCGCUCAGCAACAAGAUGCUCUGCACCCGGAACCGGACGCUAGCGAGAGCAGAAGCCUCCACUAGCGGCUCACAGACUGCUAACGACACCGGGGCGUUAGCGGCGACGGCUGUGCCGGCGGCGCCGGCAUGGCCCUGCGGCGGCCCGGCGCCCGGCUCGCCCGUGGCCACGGUGGAGAAGGGGACGGCCUUCCUGACCGGGCUGCUGAUGUCGUCGUCGGCCCACUGCCACGGCCAGGUGUUCACCAGAGUUAGCCGCUACCUGAGCUGGAUCGGGCCCAGAGUGCAGGCGGCCGAGGAUCACAUGACCAUCCAGCGCAGGGUCCACCCCGACACCGACUGACGACCCACAUUUACACUUUACUCGCCACAUUGCGACUUUUUUCUCGAAAUUCUGACUUUUUUCUCGACAUUUUGACCUUUUUCCUCAACAUUUCAACUUUUUUCUCAAUAUUUCGAGUUUUUUCUCGAAAUUUUUACUUUUUUCUCGACAUUUCAAGUUUUUUCCUCAACAUUUUGACUUUUUUCCUAACAUUUCAACUUUUUUCUCGACAUUUCGACUUUUUGCAUAGUGCAUAAUGAAAUAAAAAAUCUUCCCCCGUU